AUGACGUACAUCAUGUCGACGCCGCCCAUGCUCGAAGACCCGAGCGCCGAGUACCAGUACCAGAGCGACGUUACGGCCAUUAGCAUCACCAACAUCUCGGACGAUGAAGACGCGACCUCCGCGGCGUUGGCGCCUGGCCCCCAAGUGGCCACCAUGUCGGUACCUGCAUUUAUACUCUACUUGCAGCAAGCUCUCGCCGUGCUCAUGCAAAACCUCCUUCCGCCGCUCAAGAUCUACCUCUUCACGGCCUAUCUCCACGGCUCCAGCGCCGACGUCGCGCAGCUCACGGCCCUCGAGAACCUCGCGUGGACUCUCCGCGUCUUCUUUGCGAUUCUCUCGGACGUUGUUCCCGUCUUUGGCUACAAGCGCAAGUUUUGGCUCGGGUUUGGCUGGCUCAUCACGCUUGUCAGUCUCUGCGUCAUGGCCUUCUCCGACUUUGGCGCGCCCUUCUGCGACCCGAAGGACUACCCGACGUGCUGGAACCCCAAGGCCAACACGACAAAAGCGGCCUACGACUUUGGCGCCCCGGACCGCGUGAGCUGGUACCGCAUCCCGACGCUCAUCGCUACGCUGGGCGUUGUCAUCGUGACGGCCUCGGCGGACGGGCUUCUCAUCGAGUACUCGCAGCGGGAGCCGAUUGUUACGCGCGGCCAGAUCAUGGUCAUGACGUACGCUGCAACAGGGACUGGCGGUCUCAACGCGCGCUUCUUCAACCAGUUUUUUCUCAACGGCAAGCGCUACGGUGGCACGUACGACUUCUCGGCCGGUCCCAACGUCGCCUACUACUUUGCCAUCUCGAUGGCGCUGCUCGGCCUCGGCCUCGUCGUGGGUAUGUUUCACGACACCAAGCCCGCGCUCGUCAAGCAAGAAUCGUCAUCGUCGUCGCAGCGCUGGUCGUCGGGUCUCUGGAAGCUGCUGCACAACCGCGGCAUCGCGCAGUUGCUGGCGUUCCGCUUCGCCUUCAACCUCUUCUCGAUGAUCUCGGGCGCGCCGAUUCAGUCGUGGGUCACCAACCUCGACAUGGGCUGGAUCAACAUCACGCCGCGCCUCCUCUUCAUCUCGGCGACCAUGUACUAUGGCCGCUUUGCACUGCAGUGGAACUGGCGCCGCGUCCUCGCUUUCUGGACCUUUUCCAACACUGUGCUCAUGGCCCUCGCCACCUUCUUUGUCAUUUGCGACGUCUCGCGCAACGCGUACCUCUACUCGGUGCUGCUCGUGCUCACGGGCAUCCCCGUGGCCAUCAUCAACCUCGUCAUGGGCUUCCUCAUGGUCGAGAUGGCCGGUGUCGGCUACGAAGCCGUCAUUGCGGGCCUCUGGGCCUCGAUCCGCGACCUCAACGUGCCGAUCGCCAACAAGGUGCGCUCGUGGCUCCUCGACGGCUUUCCCGCGACGAUGAGCCUCAAAGACGACGCGGAGACCAAGCACCACGUCGCCUACAUGCACCUCAUUGCAUUCGCGAUCCAGCUCAUCGGCCUUGUCUGGAUCGUCUUGCUGCCGUCGCAGAAAAUCCCGCUGGCCAUGAUGAAGCAGCGCGGUGGCGCCACGUCCGUCGGCGUCCUCGUCGCACUUGGCUACGUUGCGCUGAUGGCGUUCUCGUGGCAGCAAAACCUUAAUUCCUAUUAGACUAAAACCAACUAUUUAAGACACUACAGUACAAUCUUUUUUUCCUCG